UAACUAUAUGUUAGAUAUAGGAAGGUUUUAUUACCAACAUUCCAAGAAUAACAUAUGCACUUACAUGAAGUUUUUCCUAAAAUUAAGUUUCCAACACCAACACCCUCUAAAUUUAACACUCCCUUACAUGUAUUGUCUAUAAUUGCUACCAAAAUGAAUGGUAGUAGCACUUAUACAUCUCAAUGGAUAACCACAACUAACGCUUUCCUUACAAAUACUCCAAAUCCCUCCAUUAUUCCCUUUCUUUCUAUCUAUCUCCUCCUCCUCCCAAGUUAGUUGGGAUAGUUGUUGUGCCCUCACCCCUUUUUAUUCUCACAUAAAUCUAGCAACACAAUAUUAUAGUAGUAUAAUCAAUUUCCCCGGAGAUAUCAUUAUUUAUCAAUUAAAAUUUAGGCAUAACAGUCAUUUCAACUUUUUUUCCUUCUCUAAUUAGGCCGCGGCAGCUUUUUGCUGCCACGGCCCUACACCAAACUUCUCCAUCUGCCUCCUUAUUACCAAGCUGCAAUAUUAAUUUCAUGCAUUCUUGGGACAAUAUGAGCAUGCUUUACAUGGACUCGAAAUUAAAAUCUUCUCCACCACCUCCUCCACCACCACCUCCCACCAAUCGUUCUCGAUUUUCAUCAUUGAAGAUUGAUACCUCCUCACUUGAGUCGUCAGAAUCCGAGGAGCUACAACGACUAGUUCAUGCUCCUCCAUUUUGGAAGAGCAAAAAGAGGUUGUCUAAGCAAUUGUCCAUGUGUGAAACUCAUAGGGAUGUUGCAUGGGAGAAAAGACGUCGUCAAAAAUUAAGACAAGAGAAGAAAAAGAGCUUGGUUCUUGAAGUGGAUGAUUUAACAGACGAGGAUUUACAUGAGUUAAAAGGAUCUAUUGAGCUUGGGUUUGGCUUUAAUGAAGAGGCAGGCCAAAAGCUCUGCAAUACCUUGCCAGCUUUGGACUUGUACUUUGCCGUUAAUCGACAAUUGUCGCCGAGUCCAUUGUCUUCACCCCAUAGCCAAGCAUCAACUAGCUCCAUGGGGGCAAGAUCCUCCUCAUUUGAAAAUAGUCCAAGAAGUGAAGAUUCUUGGAAAAUAUGCAGUCCAGGAGAUGAUCCACAACAAGUAAAGACCAAGUUGCGACAUUGGGCUCAAGCCGUCGCUUGUUCUGUAAUGCAAUCCUCUUAAUGAAUUGAUCAACAACCUUCACAAACUUUAAGUAAAGAAGAUCAAACAAGAUUGAAUGAAUUGUCAAGUACAACCACAGAGGAGAAAGGAGAGCCGAGAGGGAAAGAUUGAUAGAAUGAUUAUAACAACUGAGAUGGAUAACAAGAAAUUUAACAUCUACGUAGGUUAAGCUACAUGAUCUAAAUGGUCAUGUAUGCAUGUUCUUGCACAACCGGGGUUAUUAUAGUUCUACUAUUUAUUCUGAUCACUAUGAGGGCACAAUUAAUUAGUGAUCAAAGGAAAAGAUUAUUUAUUUAUUAAUUAUUUAUUUAUUAAUUUUCCGAGGAGUAGAUAUAUUUAUCUUUCCAAAUCAUAAUUAAUUAAUUUGUAAUUUGCAAUGUAAAAGAUUGUUCUUGUAGUAGUUGCAUCAACUUGCAUGUAUCAUUUGUAAAAAAACAGUUUUGUAGUUUAAUUAGGCUACUUUAAUUUCCAAAGUCAUGUAAAAGAUUUGCAACUAUGUCAUUAAUGGAUUGAUAAAUACAUUUUCCCGCAUUUUUAAUUUGUUCAUUUUGAUGUUUGCAU